AUCGAGCCCUCGAGAAGGGACCCCAUCGAGGGAAUAUCCACCUUCUCUCUGUCUCUUGCUCCCUCUCCCUGGGUGUCUCAUCCUUUCCUCCUCCCCUCCCUCUCGUGGUUCGUGACUCAUGGAGGAGAAUCAAGAGAAGUUUGCUGAUACGGAGAGCGGCGGCGGCGGCGGAGGCGGACGGGGGCCGGCGGUGCGGGCGAUCUGUGUCUUCUGCGGAAGCAGGCCGGGGAACCGGCCAUCUUUCAGCGCUGCCGCGCUCGACCUUGGAAAGCAACUGGUCGAAAGGCAGAUCAACCUGGUCUACGGCGGCGGCAGCGGCGGCCUGAUGGGCCUGGUGUCCAAGGCCGUCUAUGACGGCGGCCGCCACGUCCUCGGGGUCAUCCCUAGCGCGCUCCUACCUGAAGAGGUGUCAGGGGAGACAUUGGGAGAGGUGAAAGUGGUCAGGGACAUGCAUGAGCGCAAGUCAGAAAUGGCGAAACACGCGGACGCUUUCAUCGCCCUGCCAGGCGGUUACGGGACGAUCGAAGAACUGUUGGAGAUCAUAGCGUGGGCGCAGCUGGGGAUCCACAACAAACCGGUGGGGCUCCUCAACGUGGACGGCUUCUACAACAGCCUGCUCUCGCUGUUCGACAAGGGUGUCGAGGAGGGCUUCAUCGACGCCAAGGCGCGCAACAUCUUCGUCCUCGCCGACACCGCCGCCGAGCUGCUGAACAAGCUGACCGAGGCGCGGUUGGCGGCCGACGAGGAAGAUGGCACCGCCGCCGGAGGAGGAGAAGAAGAGAAGGGCGCCGCCGCAGGCGUCAAGAGGAAAAGAAGCUAGAUUGUUAUUAUUAUUAUCACGUGUUCCAGGCCAUCCACCUAUGCACUUUUGUUGUUUUCUUGAUCCGGAGUUUGUUGUUUUGUACUCCUAGGUUUCAUUCCCGCAAUGUGUGGAUCCAGCAACCAGCUAGCAUUUACUAAUCUUGCCAAGCAGUAACGCCUCUCGUGAUCGAUUAGCGCCAGCAGGAAGCAAUAUGCACUGCAUAUUUGAUGUACCUUCAUGUGGCAGCAAAUGUCCCGCCCUCUACGUACGUACUUAGUGUGUCAAACGUGUGCUAUAGUACUUGCUGAAUCUCUUCUAGAAAUAAGAUUAUUAU